ACGCCGCACGGCGCUUGUGUAGUACGCCGCCUGCAUCAACGCGCUACGACAACACUUAACUAACCCCAUAAACUCUUUCAAUUACUAAACACAGAAAGAAUACUAGUUACGCACAUUUUCAAGCUCAUUCGCAUUUGAACAAAGACGGACCUUCGUUAAAAAGGCAAAAGUAAAAUAGUUCCGUGGAUGAAUACACAGACGGUCUGUUCACCAUGGACAGGAAGUGAAGCGUGUUUUCGGAGUGACCUGUUGAUUUCCAGCAUGUUGAUUCCGACUGAGAAGGGAUUUUUUUUGUAAAUCCAAGUGUAGUAAAUGUAAUAAGUAAAUCGAGUGACAGGAAAAGAUGAAUGCAUCACAUAAUGAAGCCAGUUUGAUUGGGGUGGAUGGUAUGAGCAGACACAUAUGUUUGUGGUGCAUAAAGGCCUGAUUCUCCUGUCACCUGUUACUGGACAGUUUUUUAAAGACAGAGACAGAGAUAUUUUUGGUUAAUAAAGGGACAUUUUUGUGGAGGAGAGAGCACAAUGCCCUUACCAUUUGGAUUAAAGCUCAAGAGGACCCGAAGGUACACAGUAUCUAGCAAGAGUUGCCUCGUAACUCGUAUUCAGCUCUUGAACAGUGAAUUUGUGGAAUUUACCCUUUCUGUGGAGAGCACAGGGCAGGAGUGUUUGGAGGCAGUAGCACAACGCCUAGAGCUGCGAGAGGUGACCUAUUUUAGUCUUUGGUAUCUCAACAAGCAGAGUCAACAAAGAUGGGUAGAUUUGGAAAAACCUCUGAAGAAACAACUUGACAAAUAUGGCUUAGAGCCUACAGUUUACUUUGGGGUUGUGUUUUAUGUGCCAAGUGUGUCUCAGCUGCAACAAGAAAUAACAAGAUACCAAUAUUAUCUUCAGCUAAAGAAGGAUGUUUUGGAGGGGCGGAUCCCUUGCUCAGUAGAACAAGCUGUUCAGUUAGCUGGUUUAGCUGUUCAAGCUGAUUUUGGUGAUUUUGAUCAUUAUGAAUCCCAGGAAUUUCUACAGAAGUUUGUGUUGUUUCCAAUUGGAUGGAUUCAAGAUGAAAGAAUGCUUGAAGAGGCCACACAGAAAGUGGCCUUGCUACACCAAAAGUACAGAGGGCUUCAGCCACCAGAGGCAGAAAUGUUAUACAUGCAGGAAGUUGAGAAGAUGGAUGGGUAUGGCCAGGAAAGUUACCAUGCAAAGGAUAGCCAAGGGAAUGAUUUAGUUCUUGGGGCAUGUCUGGAUGGGAUCUUUGUGAAGCACAAAAAUGGUCGGCCUCCUAGUAUAUUUAGGUGGAAUGAUAUUACCAGCAUGACUCACAACAAAUCGUUCUUUGCACUAGAGCUGGCAAACAAGGAAGAAACCAUUCAAUUCCAGACUGAUGACAUGGAAACUUCCAAAUACGUUUGCAGGAUGUGCCUUGCGCGCCAUAAAUUUUACAAAAUUAACAAAACCAGUCUAGAGCCAUCUGAGUCAGCACCUUCUGAGGGCUCCCAGAAGUCUUUACUCACUAUUUCCUUUCCUCGCUUACCAAUGCUUUCUCGUCCUUCUCUGCUUAACAAAGGACAAACUCAGAAUGCUCCAGUUAAUCCAGUAAGAAGGAGAUCUUCAACAAGGAUGUCUCUGCCAAAACCCCAGCCUUACAUGAUGCCUCCACCUCAGGUACACUACAAUGGACACUACACCGAACCCUACACAUCGUCUCAAGACAAUCUUUACAUUAAUAAUCAGAAUGGAUAUUACUAUCACUCUCAGACAAGCUUGGAUAGGUCUCCUCAUGAGUACAAUGGCAGAAUUAGAAAUGGGAGUGUCUAUAGUGCACAUAGCACGAGCUCUCUCAAUAACCCACAGCAUUACAUGCAGCCGUCUCCCAUGUCUUCCAACCCCAGCAUAACAGGAAGUGAUGUAAUGAGGACAGACUACAUACCUUCUCACCGCCAUAGUGCUCUGAUCCCACCCUCCUAUCGGGCCACCCCCGACUACGAAACUGUCAUGAGGCAGAAGAACCGGGAGAUGAUGCAAGAAGAUCGACAGAGCCACUCAAUGAGGAACCUCAACAUUGGCAACUCGUAUGCUUACAGUCGUCCUGACCCUUUGGUAUACAGUCAGCCGGAGAUUAGGGAGCAUGCCCAGUUUAACUCUCAUAACACCAACCAAUAUCCUUUCCACCUCAAUUACAGUUUCCAUAGUCCCUCUCCUUACCUCUAUCCUGCUGAUAGGCGACCAGUGGUUGGUGCAGUGAGUGUUCCUGAGUUGACCAAUGCUCAGCUCCAGGCUCAGGAGUACCCAACUCCCAACAUCAUGAGAACACAAGUUUACCGCCCACCCCCCCCCUAUCCUUAUCCUCGGCCAGCCAACAGUACACCUGACCUCUCUCGCCACUUGUACGUCAGCAACAGCAAUCCGGAUCUCAUCACAAGGCGAGUUCAUCACUCUGUGCAGACCUUCCAAGAGGACAGCCUGCCAGUGGCACAUUCAUUGCAGGAAGUGAGUGAACCCUUGACCACUGCCAAGCAUGCACACAUGAAGAAGCGCAACAGCAUUGAAAUAGCAGGGUUGGCUUAUGGCUUUGAUAGCAUGAAAUUGAAAGAGAGGACUAUGUCAGCUUCUGCUGCUGAGACCCCACCUCCCAGGGUGACAGCUUUGGGAUCACAGGCUAACGUGUUCCUUGAAAAAAUAAAACCAGAUGACUGCAACAGUAAAGAAGACCUGCAUUAUGGACACAAGAAGUCCCUCUCAGAUGCAACCAUGCUGGUACAUAGCAGUGGAGAGGAGGAAGAGUUUGACGAUGAAAAUGGCAGGCACACACCCCAGUCCCAGGAUGCUACUGGUAGCGUUGAGCAGCAUGUAGCCUUGUUGGGUCAGUCAUCUGCUGACCCUGUCUCUUGUUACCCUUAUAAUGCUGUUCCCUCCCUGCCAGGGCCUCUUACUUAUCAACCGCACCCUCUCGUGCGGGAGCUGGAGACAGAUUGGCUGCCUAGAGAGGGAAGCCCUGUGUUCUUGGUCAUUGAUGGUAGGCCUCAGAGAAGGGAGGAAGGUGUGCUUUUGCCAUCCAUGUCAGAGUCAGACCUUAGCUGCUCUGUGAGGCAGAAGGCCAAGAGAGACUCUGCCAAAAAGAGACCUAACUCUGAUGUACCACCUGGGAAAAGAAACCCUGCGGAGGGACUCCCUCCUCUAGGAGGAAUGAAAAAAGGAAAUAAAUCUGAUAUCAAGAAAAUGGGCCCACUGAAGCUGGCAGCUCUGAAUGGACUAACGUUGUACAGGAUGACCAUACACGAUGACAGUAAGGAUGAGCCUGAAAUGGCAUCGAAUGAUGAAAGGUGCAAAAUUUUGGAGGAGAGACUAGAGAGAGGCAUGGUUUUCACAGAGUAUGAGCAGGUGCCCAAGAAGCGAGCGAAUGCAGACUGCUCUGUCGCCCAGCAGCCCGAGAGUGCUGAGAGGAAUCGCUUCCAGGAUGUGCUGCCUUAUGAUGACACCAGAGUGGAGCUUGUACCGACCAAAGAGAACAACACAGGCUACAUCAAUGCUUCUCAUAUCAAAGUGACUGUAGGAGGAAAUGAGUGGAAUUACAUAACUACACAGGGUCCACUACAAAAUACCUGUCAGGACUUCUGGCAGAUGGUAUGGGAGCAAGGAGUUGCUAUCAUAGCAAUGGUUACAGCAGAGGAGGAGGGUGGAAGAGAAAAGAGUUUCAGGUACUGGCCCCGACUUGGAUCAAGGCAUAACAGUGUGACGUAUGGAAGGUUUAAAAUCACUACACGAUUCAGGACUGAUUCAGGCUGCUAUGCCACAACAGGCCUGAAAAUUAAGCACCUGUUGACCGGCCAAGAGAGGACAGUUUGGCACCUACAGUACACUGACUGGCCAGAUCAUGGCUGCCCAGAAGAUUUCAAGGGAUUUUUAGCAUACCUGGAAGAAAUACAAUCAGUACGACGCCAUACAAACAGCACCACAGACCCUAAAAGUACUAACCCUCCUGUAUUGAUUCACUGCAGUGCUGGUGUGGGAAGAACAGGGGUUGUAAUAUUAUCAGAAAUUAUGAUUGCUUGUCUGGAACACAAUGAGAUGCUGGACGUCCCUACUGUUCUAAAUAGACUAAGAGAGCAGCGUAUGAUGAUGGUGCAGACUGUGGCACAAUAUACUUUUGUUUACAAAGUGCUCAUUCAAUUCCUAAAAAAUUCCAGACUUAUUUAGUUUUUUUGCAUCACUUUGUGAUCUGAAGAACAGUAUCUUUAGUCAACAAUACGGUUACUUUGUUGACGUGACAUGAUUGAUGUGUCUUUUUUAGAAUGCCAUUUGUUUGUCAGAGCAGUACUUUGUUUAUAUGUUUAGCAAGAUAAAAAACUUGGUGUCAAGAAAUCAUUUUUCAAGUGUCUGUGUGUUGUGUAGACACUGAGUUGCAAUGCUACUCAAAGCCACUUUAUUUUUUCUGGAAGUAUUACUGAUUGUUAGAAGGUCUCUUGCCGUCAAUGAAGGAAGUACAGUGCUCAUUGGUCAGGAAAUUUUGGAAAUGAGAAAAGAUUACAGAUCAAUGUGCCAUUAAUCAAUAACCUGGAAGCAGUAUUAUUUUCAGAUUUUGGGUUAAGGGUUUUAACAUUAAGAAUGGACUUUUUUCCAGCACUUCUGUAUAUAGACAAUGUUUUGUCAGUAGUGUGAAUAUUAAUUGCAUGACUAUCUUUAAUUUUUAUCUUUAUUUGCUUUUAAGUAGUUUUUAGCUUUGUGGAAAUCAGAGUGAACUAACAGGCUUUUGGAAUCUGUUAGAAUUAUUUUGUUGAAUGUUAGGUAUGGGAGGUGUGAAGUAAUAGUUUUUAUGUUGUUUUCAGGAAUGCCACUCAAUUGGUAGAAUACUGUCAGAAGCCAGCUCUUUGGCUAUGUGACUGAGUACUUUUCUCAGUUAAAUUAUGAACAUUCUUUGCAAUGGGAAUUUUAUAAUUGCUCCCCCCCAGUCCAGAAAGAGUAUGUCCUCUGAUUAUCACUUUUCAAAGAGUUCACUUGUAAAUUACAUUGCUCCCAAGAUUUUCAGAAAAGGGGCACAUUGGUUGAGAUGGCCCAUUGAUUAAUGGCACUAUGGAGAGGUGUUUGUACAUAGCAUAAAGUAACACAGUAUCUUUUUGGGUUGUCCUUACCAUAAGUUUUAUGAAAAUGAAAGCCAAAUACUAGCUGCAUUUUUUUAGACCUAAAUCAUCAUUAAUGGUAGAUUCAAUUCAUUAUCAUAGUAGUGAAAAACUCACUUGAAUAAAUUAAGCAUACUUUUAAUUGGUUGUAAUUUUUACAGUUCCUGUAAAAUGUUUUGAAAUGUGACUAAAAUCUAAAAACUAUGAAGAUCUUAAUAAGUGUACUUUAAAUCUGUAUUGAAGAAAUCAGUAGAGGCAAAUUUCCUAACAAGUGGAAUGUAUAAUUUAAUAAAAUGCACUUUAUGACAUAUUUCACAUAUAAUUAAAAAAUACAGAAAGACAUUUUCCCUCAAAGUUACUUUUUUAAAGUAUAAGGGGGUAAACUGUGAACUUUGUCAGUCAAUACUAUGCCUUCUGAAACAAAGAAUUUACUUUUGUAUUUGUUUUUGAAAUUGUACAAUUUUUUACAGGUAGUAUCUUAUAGAACAGUAAUUUGGAAGAUGAGUAAUUAAGAGUCUGGGGUCCAAACACCAGCUAGAUGACUUCCCAAGUGGCUACCAAAGGAAAAAAAAUACUUUUGAAUGUUAUUUAAGAUGCUGCUGUAAUUCUGGCAAAAAAACAUAAUUGAACAUCUAGAAAUCAAAAAGAAGACUUGUGUGUUUAUUUUGUGUUGUGUAUCUACAUAUUGCAGCAAUGUUAUUUAAAUGCCAGGAUUUUUUUAAUAGUAAUAUUUAGUGAUUUUAUAAAUAUAUUUAGUAUUAUUAUAGUGAAACAGCAGUAAAAGCAGAUAUUUGUUAUACCCAUUAAAAGAUACGUUUUUUUUAUUUUUGAUGUUCUGAUGUAUCAUAAGCUAUAUAAUAAUAAGCCUCAUCUUUAUUUUUAAGCCUUGAUCAUACAUGGGAUAGUUAACAUUUGCUUGUCUACUUCAUUCCUUUUUCAUAUUAACUUUCCGAGAUGUCCUUACGCCUUUGUCAGUUUACUUAGUCGAGCAGUUAAGACCUGUUUUCCAUCGAGGGUCAUUAACAUUUGUAUGGGAAAAUGGGUUUUCCCUAACUUUUAAUAACUUUUAAUAAAUGUGUCAGCUGAAAAGUGCAUUUUUUUCGAAAUUGUUAAAGAGUGACAGUUAAACUUGUCAUUUUUUUUAAUUUGAUGUUAUUUAUGCAAAAUAUGGACUGUCUGCAUUUAUGAAAAUAAUAUCCAAAGUAAUGUACAGAUUAUAUUUGCUUUUUUUCCCUGGUUUGCUAGAUAUCUAGUUUACUAGAUACCCAGUUUUGCUAUUGGUAUUUCUGGAGCAAUCUAGGUAAAGUAUCUUCUCGGAGAUCUAGUAAAGCAGCAGUGUCUGGAGUACAGAGCCUUGAGAUAUGGACGUAAAAGGAGAUUUUUUUUAAAUGUGGGGGUGGUACUAGUUAUUAGUGUUUAUCAGUAAUAGGGAUGGAGGAAUUGUAUUUAUGUACUUAAGGUGGAAGACUAGAACUUCAAAAGAGGAAAGGCAGAUUUUCUUUACAUACUGUAGCAGCUCCAGUAAAGCCUAGAGUUGUGAAUAAGCAGUCUUGUGAAUACAUCUCUUAAUCUGAUAGAAAUAUUGCUCUCUACUUUGAGAUGGUUUUGCUGACAAAUACAACUUAUUUAUUAACUCUGCAUUCAUAUCACGUUGAAACGUUUCUGCAGUAAAAUGUCUGCUGCACUUACUCGCUUGUACAUUGCUUUACAUUAGUCAUUACACUGACUAGUGAGUAGGAAUAGGUGUUUCAUAUCAAGAACUCUCUCUCUCAGGCCAGGAGUUUGCGACAACUAUGGCGACCAUACAGUACUUUUACUAAAUUAACGACAACAUGCUUAAAUCUGAAAUUUAUUUAUAACCAGUCUGAGAAUUUGGGAUUGCAGUUUCCCUUUAAAUUUGUAAGGACUAGUAAUAUCUUCUAGUAUCCUCAUUUUACUCAAUAGAGAGUAUUAGGUGACUAAGAUGAUGAAGUGUUCUGUAAAGUGUUAUUUGAAGUAUUUUACUUAUUUGACUUUGUUUCAGAAAAAAAUAUUGCAACUAUAAUUGUUGAGAAAUGCUUCGACAAUGUUCUUUAAGGCAUAUUGGUUGUUCUAGUGUUUACUAUUCAGUGCUAAGAGUAAUAUCAAUUAUAAGCAGUGAAAGUCACUUAUGCAUUGUAAUUAUGAACUUUUGAAUAGAACAAAGUGCAAGUGAACAAUUAUACUGUUUUAACAUCUAUUUGGUUAUUAGUUUUUAAUAUUUUUCAGUUUCUGUAUACCACUUUUAUUUGGGCAAAAGUUUAAGUGAUGCAUAAGAAUUUCAGUAAUACAGGUAAUCGUGUCUUAGCAAUGCACAGCACUAAAUUAAUAAUAUUAAAUGAUUACACCAUACAUAAACAUUCAGUGCAUGAAGAUGGAGUUGCACCUUUGACUUGGACUCUUCUGACUCUCAGACUGUUUUAGGUUAAACAGUAAGUCAAAAACUGAUUCCAUUGAUGAUUUCAAGUCUUACAAGGGAGCUUUACCUGUGCAAUGAUGGAAGGUGGAAUUGAAAUGUAUUUCAGUUGCCUAAAAUGAGUCACGUGACCAGUUGGCAAUCUUCCCUAAGACUCCAUCUUUUUACAGUAUUAUUAUUGUAAUUUGAUGCUUUUAUGCUACCUAAGUUAGCAAUUUGUAAAGCAAUGUAAAAAUUAUAAUGUGCAAAAAAUGUAAAGACCUGUCUGUUUCGACAAAUUUGGUUUAUUAUAACUAUGAAUAAACAUUUCCAAAAGUUU